AGGUGCUCUUUUGGGAAAACAGAGGCCUCAGAUCGCAAUUAAAGAUGGAAGAACAUGUGGCUGACGAAGCACGGGAGAACAUGCCACCGUCUGCUGGAUCAGAGGAAGAAGAUGAACCAAAACCUGGGCCCAGUGAAUCAAGUGCAACUGGCAGAGUCCUGGGUUAGUUGUCACCAUGGCACCCUUUCUAAGAAUUACCUUGACUGCCUAUGAAAUGGGUGCUCUGCCCACAAUGGACAGCACCCCAAUCUGUGCCAUCAGGAUUAAAGAAUCUGUCAGUACAGAGCGGGGAAGAACCUUGGUCCAAAAGAAACCUACCAUGUUUCCUAGUUGGAGGUCCUGUUUUGAUGCUCACAUCUAUGAGGGUCGUGUCAUUGAAGUGAUUCUCAUGAAAAGCACUGAAGAGCCACUGGCCAAGGCCGCUAUGAAUGUGUCGGCUCUGACGGAGCGCUGUAGGGUUUCUAAAAGCAAAAACAAUUCUGAGUUCUGGAUGGACCUUCAUCCUUCAGGGAGAAUUCAGAUCACCUUGCAGUAUUUUCUGGAGGACACUGAUAUAGUUGAUCCCAAGCAGUCAGUGAGGUCUCCACCUCAGGAUGGAGUCUUGACUCUCAACAAGAGGAGAGGAGCUGUUAAGCAGCCAAAGAUUCAUGCCAUCAAAAACCAUGAGUUUAUUGCCACAUUCUUCCAUCAGCCCACCUUCUGCUCCGUCUGCAAAGAUUUCGUCUGGGGCCUCAACAAGCAAGGCUACAGAUGCAAACAAUGCAAUGCAGCCAUCCACAAGAAGUGCAUUGAAAAAAUCAUCUACAAGUGCACUAAAACAGCAACAAAUAGUCGUGACACUAUGUUCCAGAGGGAGCGCUUCAAUGUUGAUAUGCCGCAUCGCUUCAAGACGUACAACUACAAGAGCCCCACCUUCUGCGACCACUGUGGCAGUCUGCUGUGGGGUCUCAUCAAACAAGGCCUUAAAUGCAAUGACUGUAACAUGAAUGUCCAUAGUGCCUGUGAAAGGAAAGUGGCCAAUCUGUGUGGAGUGGACCAGAAAAUGUUGGCAGAAGUUCUGUCUCUAAUUGCCCAGGAUAGUAACAAGAAACAAGAUGAGUCUAAUGACAAUGGACCAGAAAUUGGGAUUUAUCAGGACAGAAGUUCAAUUUCAGAACCUAGUGCGGAUGGAAAAGACAACAGUGUGAGGCUGGACCCGCCCCCAGGUCCAACACCCCCACCAUGCCUACACCUCACCUUGAACCACCUGUUGUUCCACAAGGUGCUGGGAAAAGGUAGCUUUGGCAAGGUGAUGCUGGCAGAACUGAAGGGAAAGGGAAUAUUCUUUGCUGUGAAAGCCCUAAAGAAGGAUGUGGUUCUCAUGGAUGACGAUAUUGAGUGCACCAUGGUGGAGAAAAGAGUCCUGAGCCUUGCGUGGAACAACCCUUUCCUUACUCACCUCUACUCUACAUUCCAGACUACAGAGCACCUCUUCUUCGUGAUGGAGUUCCUCAACGGAGGCGACUUGAUGUUUCACAUUCAAGACAAAGGCCUCUUCGAUAUCAACAGAGCUACAUUCUAUGCAGCUGAGAUAGUCGUAGGACUGCAGUUUCUUCAUUCAAAAGGAAUUGUCUACAGAGAUUUGAAGCUGGACAAUGUUAUGCUAGACAGUGAUGGACACAUAAAAAUAGCAGAUUUUGGCAUGUGCAAAGAGAACAUCUCCACAGAGAACAAAGCCGGUACAUUUUGUGGUACCCCAGAUUAUAUUGCACCUGAGAUCCUGCUUGGACAGAGGUACACAUUCUCAGUGGACUGGUGGUCAUUUGGUGUGCUAGUCUAUGAAAUGCUGAUUGGUCAGUCACCAUUCCAAGGUGACAGUGAGGACGAGUUGUUUGAUUCCAUCAGGACCGAUAUCCCUAACUACCCCGGGUGGCUCAGCAAGGAAUCAAAGAGCCUGCUUCAGCAGUUGUUUGUGCGAGAUCCAAGCUGCAGGUUGGGCGUGGUUGGCAACAUGCGAGAGCACCCUUUCUUUAAAUCCAUCAACUGGUCGGCACUGGAGAAGAGACAAGUGGAGCCACCUUUCAAGCCCAAAGUGAAGUCUCCCGGCGACUACAACAACUUUGAUCGGGAGUUCCUCAACGAGAAGCCCCGUCUGACCCAGGGUGAUAAAAAGUUACUUGCAACCAUGGACCAGAAUGCAUUCAAAGGCUUUUCGUUCAUCAACCCCAAACUGGAAAAAGUGUUGACAAAUUGAAAAAGCAAAAGUCGGUGGAAACAAACAUUUUAGCUCAGGACAAGGAAAUAGGCUCUUAUAAUAUUCUGUUUAUCUUCCUGCGGUGUUGGGGCAACUGACGUUGAGCCUGAUUGUAACAUUUAUGGCUCCUCUGAUAGAGGAGGAGAUAAAGAAAAAUGCCGAGGUGUUUACUGAAGAUGUGUGUAAUCUUCUCUCAGCUGUCAAACUGCACAGGUUUCUAACAGUGUAAAGCUUAAAAAAAUAAGGGAGAUUCUUAAACCAGUGUCACAUAUGUUUAUACUAAGGGGGUACAAAUCAAUCAUACGUUUAGUCUUUGCUGUUCAGUCAUGUUCUCUUCUGAUCACCCUUAGAUUUAUGUGAAUCAUUCAGUGUCCUGUAUCACAAGUCUUAAAUUCACAGGGUAACACAUUGAUUUUGUCAAACAAUAACCCUGUACAAACCUGACAGUGUACAUGCAAACAAAGGGAGUUGAAGGUAGUACACACUAUUUGUUGCACUUUUUGCACUCUGGUAAUAGAUAAACAAUGUAAGGAUGUUUGUGUGGAUAUGCUUUUUUAGAUGAAAAGUGGUGCCAGUACUAUUGUUUGUUGAUGAAUAAAUACUCAGCUGGUUCAGCCCGUGCAGAAGAAAAUGUUCUAUAAAAGUGCAGAUAGCUUAAAUCUGUUCUGAAGUGAAGAAUUUAUGCCAUAAAAAUUUAACUGGAAGUGCUUUCCUCAGUGUCAUUUUUUUUAACAUUUUUCUGUUUUUAAUAUUUUAUUUUCAGGCUUCCUCUCCUUAUAUAAAACAAGUAUAAAGCAUCACAUUGUGUAUUAAGAUAAAGUACUCCAAGCAAAAUUCUGCAAAAUUACAAUGGAACUCACUGGAAGAAGUCGCAGUGCAUGUGUAAUGUUGCACCUGUAGAUCCAUAUGCAAAGAAGGAUGUUAUUUUAGAAAAUAUAUGUAUGUUACAAUAUGUAAAUGUUGGGAUUUAACAGGAAAAUAAUACAACUCUGUAUAAACAAAUCAACACUCAUUUAGCUGUAACUGUUUUGAUUUUAAUGGAGUCCUUUUUUCAUCUUUUACAAAUGAUUCUGAAUAAAUAUACUUGUAAAAUAAA